GCUGGUUGUUAACUGGUUGUCCGUGUUCCAAAUCACGGCCACUUUAAACUAGUGGGACAAGAUGGUUUGUUUGUUGCUAUUCCGAGAUGAUUUACCAGCUUGCACCAGCUAAUGGCCAGCUUGAAUCGGCUAAUGACCAACUACAAACCAGCCACCGUAUUAACAGCGAGCCGUCUCGGAUGAAUUCUUCCGGCAGGGAAGGGCUUCCCGUGAAUUUCAUGGGUGUGUGAAUCCCAGAAGGCUGUCAUCAUAGCUCAUGACCGCUCAUCUUAAUGUCUUUGCUGUCACGUAAUAACGGAGGGCCGCACAGAACGCUCCUGCUGAGAAUUAUCUGAGGGCUUUAGAAAGGACGGCUGUGCUUUUCUGAGACUAUGGUUACUUUCUGGACCUGUCUGCGAUAUUUGAGCAUCUUUUGUGCUGUGAUAGUAGAAGUGUCUGGAAUCAACAGAACCUUCUACAUUGGAAUUCAAGAGGAAAGCUGGAAUUAUGCACCGAGCAGCCAUAACUUGAUAACUGGGAAACCUAUUGCAGAGGAUGAGUAUGCAUCAGUGUUCCUGCAGCGUGGGCCUCGGCGGAUUGGCAGUGUGUACAAAAAGGCGAUAUACAAGCAGUACACAGACGCUUCUUAUUCUCACGAGAUCCCCAAACCCAUCUGGCUGGGCUACCUGGGCCCCAUCCUGAGGGCCGAGGUCCAUGACGUCAUCAUCGUGCACCUAAAGAACUUUGCCUCCAGACGUUACUCCAUGCAUCCUCACGGUGUCUUCUAUGAGAAGGACUCAGAAGGUGCGCUGUAUCCAGACGGAACCUCAGACACUCUAAAGAAGGAUGACGGGGUUCCACCGGGUGGAAAUUACACCUACAUCUGGACUGUGAAGAAAGAUUAUGCCCCUCAAAAGGGUGAUGCCAACUGCCUGACCUGGGCCUACCACUCCCACGUCAGCGCUUCACAAGACAUUUCCUCUGGGCUUAUUGGAGCUCUUCUCACCUGUAAGAAAGGAACCCUGCGUACUUCAGACCACCAUCAAGAUCAGCGUUCUGAUGUGGACCAGGAACUUGUCCUCUUGUUUAGUGUGGUGGAUGAGAACAUCAGCUGGUACCUGAAGGAGAACAUCCAGACCUUCUGCUUUGAUCCAUACGGUGUGGACCCUGCCAGAGAAGACUUCCAAGAAUCCAACAUGAUGCAUGCUAUUAAUGGGUACAUGUACGGCAACCUACCGGGCAUUGAGUUUUGCCAAAACCGCACGGUGGCUUUGCAUCUCUUUGGCAUGGGGAACGAGAUCGACAUUCACUCUGUUUAUUUCCACGGACACACGCUUCUGGACCGCGGGCACCGCGUGGAUGUCCUGAGUCUGUUUUCUGCCACCUUUGCCUCUGCAGAGAUGGUCCCUGCGACAAUAGGAACGUGGCUCUUGAACUGCCAAGUUAAUGAUCAUCUGAAAGCUGGUAUGCAGGCCUUGUUCAAAGUGUCAUCCUGUAAUGAUGAGAUGAACUCCACAGUUAAUUUCAGUGGGAAGAUUAGGAAAUAUUUCAUUGCUGCUGAGAAGAUUCGGUGGGACUAUGCACCAUCAGGGAUGGACAAACUGACCAAUGAGUCGCUGACCAAACCUGGGAGCAUUUCAGAGAUUUUCUUUGGGUUGAGUGGUGGUCGUCUUGGUGGAAAGUACUGGAAAGUGGUUUACAGAGAAUAUACAGAUAGCAGUUUCACUUUAAAGAGAAAACGAACCAGUGCUGAAAAUCAUCUAGGCAUUUUGGGUCCAGUACUGAGGGCUGAAGUUGGAGACACCCUUCAGGUGAUGUUUAUGAACAAAGCUGACAGAAUCUACAGUAUCCAGCCUCAUGGACUCCACUACGACAAACCCUUUGAGGGUGUCUUUUAUCAAGACGGUAUAAAAAGGAAAGGAUAUCAGGUUCAGCCAGGUGAAACGUUCACCUACAGGUGGCAGUUGAGGGAGGGACCAUCUAAAAGUGACCCUCCCUGUAUUUCCUACCUGUACUUCUCCUCCAGCGAUCCAGUCAGAGACACCAACUCCGGUCUCAUAGGCCCACUGCUGGUCUGUAAGAAAGAUGCUCUGGAUGCCAAAGGUGCUCAGAAAGACGUCAAUCUGGAGUAUUUUCUGCUGUUUACUGUGUUUGAUGAAAAUCUCAGCUGGUACUUGAAUCAGAACAUUGAAACAUAUGAUACCAAUGAAUCCGAAUUAGAGACUAUGGAGUUUCAAGAGAGCAAUAAAAUGCACGCUGUGAACGGCUUCAUGUACGGGAACCUGCCUGGCCUUGAGAUAAAUAAAGGGUUGAAGGUCAGAUGGCACCUCAUGGGUCUUGGCACAGAGAUGGACAUGCAUGGGAUUUACUUCCAAGGCAACACCUUCCAGAGACAGGGAACAAAUCGUGACACGCUGGGCCUGUUCCCACACACUGCAGUCACAGUGUCCAUGCAACCAGAUGUCAGUGGUCAGUAUAUCUAUCUACACACACACACACACACACAAGCAAUAAAAGUCACCUUCUACAUAUUUUGUGUAACUGUAGGUAUAUUUGAGGUGAGCUGUCUCGUCUCUGAUCACUAUGUUGGUGGGAUGCGACAGCUGUACAGAGUGAAGGGCUCAGAGGAUGAGGACAUUUUAGAUUCUCUGAUAGUAGAGUAUUUCAUCUGUGCUGAAGAGGUGGAGUGGGACUACUCACCCGAUCGCACCUGGGAGCUGCAAAACUUCAACACCACUGAGGACAAAAGUCCUGGCAGUUUAUUUGUGGGAACUGGAAAAAACAGACUAGGCUCCAGAUAUAAGAAAGCAGUUUAUCGAGAAUACACUGACGCCACCUUCAGAACAAGAAAACUGAGACAACCACAAGAGGAACACUUGGAGAUUUUGGGACCUAUAAUCCGAGCUGAAGUAGGUCAGGUUUUGCUGAUCACAUUCAUGAACAGAGCCAGCCGUCCUUACUCAAUACAGGCGCAUGGAGUCAGGACUUCUUCUAAACCAGAGGCCGUCAUGCCAGGAAAUAUGACUCAGUACUGGUGGACCAUUCCGGUGAAAUCCGGUCCAGGGGUGUCUGACCCGAACUGCAUUGCAUUUGCCUACCGCUCAGCCGUGGACUUUGUUAAGGACACAGCCAGUGGUCUCAUUGGGCCAUUAAUAAUCUGCAGGAAAGGUAUACUGGACCAGGACAGACAGAGAGUGGAUGUAGAUAGAGAAUUUGCUCUCCUCUUUAUGGUGUUUGAUGAGAACAAAUCCUGGUAUCUGGAGGAAAACAUUCGGUCCUACUACAACAGCUCAGAACCUCUUCUGAGAGAUGCUGAGUUUCAGAAAAGCAACAAUAUGUAUGGGAUCAAUGGGAAGCUCUACGCAAAUCUUCAUGGUCUAGAAAUGGUGGAGGGAGAAAGGGUUGUUUGGUACCUGUUUGGGAUGGGCAAUGAAGCAGACAUUCACACCGUCCAUUUUCACGCCGAGACAUUCACCUACAAGGCAGAUGAGGCUCACCGGACUGACGUGUAUGACCUGAUCCCAGGAUCGUUUCAGACGUUGGAGAUGGUGGCGGAGGUCAACGGAACGUGGCUUCUGCACUGUCAUGUUGCUAACCACAUCCGUGCUGGAAUGGAGACGACAUUUAUUGUCAAACCCAAAUCAGACGGUGGCAGAGUGAGGACAGAUUUAAGCAGCCUUUGCUUUCUGCUCACAAUCGUGCUCAAAAUGAUAUGCUGAUUGAUCUGUGGACAUAUAUUACUUGACCACAAUUUCAACAGAUUUAUUUGUAACAGUGUACCGUUCAAAGGUUUAGGGCCGGUAGGACUAUUAUACGUUUUUGAAAGACGUCUGUAAUGCUCAACACAUUUAUUCGACUAAAUAUGUAGUAAAACAGUAUCGUCAAAUAUUAUUAAACCUUACAACAAUACUUUUCAUUUUUAUAUUUUUAAAGCUUAAUUUUCAGCAGUUAUUACUCCAGUCUUCAGUGUCACAUGAUCUUUUGAAGUCAUUCAAAUAUGCUGAUUUGCUGAAACACUUCUUAAUAUUGUCAAUUUAAAAAAAAAAAAGAUUUUGUGUGAAACAUGAUACGAAUCUCAGAUGAAUAGAAAUUAAAUUAAAUUACAAUUUAAUGCAUAUUUGCUGCAUUCAUUUAUCCAAUCAUAAAAGUAUUAGAAACCGUAUUAACCCUAAACAUUUGAACGGUAGCGAAAUUUUAAAGAAAAAAAAGGGCUGAUUAUUUGUACUUCUGAAGUUAUAAUAAAGGCACAAUUUUCAUCAUCAUGAUAAAGAAACUGUAGGUAUGUAGGUAUUUUUAUAUAUUUCUGUUAGCUUACAAAUCUUGAUGAUAAAUAAAGGGUACAUAUUUUGAUUCUGUUAGAGACAUUUAAACACAUUUUAGAGCUGAAGGUAUAUACGAAUAUACGUUGUUUUGAAAAAAAAGAUGAAAUAAUAGAUUGCUAUGGUCAAGUUUUGAUGCAUCAAAGUGAAACAGCAACACUCAAAUGUGAAACGUACUGCAAGACCACCUAAUGAGAGAAGAGGUCAGUACCUUCUCCAUAUGCCUUCAUUAAGACUGUUAAUAAGCAUUUGCUCUCAGUGUAGUUUUUGGAACAAAGGUCUACCUUAUUCUGGCGUUAAAGUGUAAAAUCAUGAAUUUCACAAGGCCCCUUCAGACCAACGUGAGAAAGAACUAAAAUCACAGAGGAUGGCGUUAAAAGUGAAAAACAAGUGUGAGCUGAUUGGAGCUUAUGUAACCGGGGCGAGCAGUUGUUUUUGUUCCUCUAGCUUCGUUUGAUGUGCUCGUUUUGAGCUCGGGACCGAAUGUAGUUCAUCACGUAGGCUUUAGUGCCCAGUUGAGGAUUAUGAUGUAAAGAAUUGAACCUUGCCAGUAAACAUUUGACUUUAAAGUCCUCAAGAAACUUCUCAGAAUGCUUAUCAGCACCCGUGAAUGGUUCCUAUUUUCUUAUCGAAACUGCGCUUUUGUUUUGCAAAGAUAAUAUGUCUGAACCCCCGAUCAAGUGUUUACUCUUGACAGUGAUAAAGCAUUGAUCACAUGCUAGAAACAUGCAUAUCAGCUGGCUAUAGGAAAGAAUGCAAAACUCAUUCAAAUAAACAAGCUAACUGACACGCACCGUUUCCUUGUCAUUAAUCAUUGGUUGUUUUCGGUCUAUAAUGUACUACUAUAAACAGAUAUGUUAUUUUAAAUAACUUUUUAAAUGUGUAUCCAGCUGUCAACAGUUUACAGAUGAUAUAUUUAACAUGAUAAACGUGUUUGUGCGUAUGUCAGCUAUCAGUCAUGUUGAUAUGACAGUGAUAGGCAAAUACCUUUUUUUUUGCUGAUUAGGUUGAUCAAUACUACUUUGUUAUGCAAUGAUUUAAUCGAAAACGCCAGACUAACCGAGCGUGAUGCUGUCUCGAGAGCUCGUCUGUAAAAAAUGUGACGUUUAAUGUUUGCAUCAAGAUUUAUAAGUAGAUUGAAAGUAAUACCCGGUAACUGCUUCGCGCCUGUCAGAGCAGGUUUUCGAGCGCGCGCAAAGUCUCUGUUCCGGUAAAUAACACGAGGUCGACGUGUUUCGAGAAUAACAGCCGCUGAAAACCGGUCCGUUUAUGACACGAACAAAACAAUAAAACACAUUCGGGCAUGUGGAAUUUAAGCAUGAAUCUCUGCUUUUACCGCUAUGUGACAAAAAUCAGCAUAGUAACCAUAAUUUUUUUUUUUUGCCAAGAAGUCCAGAUUAACCUGGUUUUUCAGCAAGGAUAGCUUCUGGUCUGUCAGAAAAUAGGUUACUAUGUUAUUUAUUCUUCGGUAGAUGCGGUUUGAGAGUGAGUUAAGCAGCCUAACACGUUAUUUAACGUCAGUAUUUCAGACACUUCGAGCUGUUUUUGUUGACUUCUGUCUACGACACAGUUUGCGGUCUUAUCUGCAUUUUGCAAUUCAGCAUAUCACCCCUCGUCCGAAAACAAGUUCAGGAAACCGUGACAUUAAACAAUGACUUCAUGUCAAAUUAUUACCGCGACAGCUGUAAUGUCUUCGAGACGGAUUCAUCUUCACUUCAUCCACCUUCAUAACUCAAGUUCUAACUGCGGCUCAGGAAAUAAUUAUAUGGGCUAAUCAAUAAACUCGCUCGAAAAUAUUGAUUUCGGCGUUGAUGAAAAGGAACUCCCGUUAAAUGAGGCGACGAAUGUAAAAACUAUUUCCUGUACAAAAUCGAGCCCAAUUUGCCCGCUUCUUUGAAUGCAGAUAAAUUCA